AUCAGCUAGCAGCGGUGGCAGCGUGUGAGUCAGUGGUUCUGUCCGAGUGUGGGCCAUCUUCUACACUACCGGCAGUGGCUCAGUUUACUAAUGAGAGCCAACCAGUUGAGACUAUAAAAUUGUGCAAGGCUCAGUCAACCCAGGAGUUAUGGCAUCGGAGACUCGGACAUCUGAAUAGACGAAGCAUGGAUCUACUUAAAAACGAUGUUUCUGAGAGAGCAUGGCAUCGAGCACCAGACCACAGUGCCAUACUCCCCGCAGCAAAAUGGUGUCGCGGAGAGAGCAAAUCGUACAAUUAUGGAAGCAGCUCGGUGCAUGCUGCAAGACGCUGGAAUGGACAAAAGGCUCUGGGCGGAGGCUGUGAACACAGCAAUCUACAUUAAAAACAAGUCGCCUAGCAGGGCAGUGAAAGGCACCACGCCCGAGGAGAAAUGGACAGAUGCGACGUGGACCCCUGGUAUGGCUACAGAUGCGACAUCAAGUGAUUAUGAAGAUGUAGAGGAAUCUGCUGCCAUAGUGCGGAGUGCAACAGAGAUGUGCCAAUCUGAUGAACCGUUAACAAUACAGGAUGCACUAUCCAGUCCUGAAAAAGAACACUGGAAGAAGGCAAUAGCAGAUGAGUAUGAAUCCUUUGAGAAAAAUAAAGCUUGGAAUCUAACAUUACUACCUGAAGGAAAGAAAGCUGUCAAGUGCAAAUGGGUCUUUAAGAAAAAGCUGGGACCGAAUGGUGAGUUAAAACGCUAUAAAGCCCGACUUGUUGCUAAAGGAUUUACUCAGAGAUAUGGAAUAGAUUACAAGGAAACCUACUCACCUGUGGUAAUAUACUCUACCAUACGUACCUUACUUGCUCUAGCUGUCAAUCUGAAUAUGCAUGUGGACCAUAUGGAUGUGAAAACAGCAUUUUUAAAUGGUGAUCUUGCAGAAACUGUUUUCAUGGAGCAGCUAGAUGGGUACAAAGUGGAAGGCAAAGAAGACAAGGAUACUCCUGAAAAAGAAAAACUAAAGGAAGAACUGAUGAGGACAUUUGAAAUGAGAGAUCUUGGUCGAGCUAAUCAUAUAUUGGGAAUGAACUUGAGACAGGAAGAAAAUAAGAUUACUCUUGAUCAGAAAAAUUACAUAAUGAAAGUAUUGGAGCAAUUUAAUAUGUCAGACUGUAAGCCUGUUGGCACACCAUUAGAAAUUGGCAUGAAAUUUGAAAAAGGAGAGAAGAAUGAUAUUGAUUCAAAUUAUAGAAGUCUUAUGGGAUGCAUCAUGUACAUAGCAGAUAUGUUGAUGCUGACUGGGCGUCAAAUCAAUUAG